AUGGAAAAACACAACCUCACAGUGGUGAAGGAAUUCAUUCUGAUGGGAAUCACAGAUCGCCCUGAGCUGAAGGCCCCAUUAUUUGCAUUGUUCCUCAUCAUCUAUCUGAUCUCAGCAGUGGGUAACCUGGGUAUGAUCAUCCUCACCAAGAUAGACAGCAGGCUACAAACACCCAUGUACUUUUUUCUCAGACACCUGGCUAUUACAGAUCUUGGUUACUCUACAGCUGUGGGACCCAAAAUGUUAGUAAAUUUUGUUGUGGAGCAAAACAUAAUAUCCUAUUAUUUUUGUGCUACGCAGCUAGUCUUCUUUCUUGUAUUCAUUGGUUCUGAACUUUUUAUUUUGUCGGCAAUGUCUUAUGAUCGUUAUGUGGCCAUCUGUAACCCUCUGCUCUACACAGUCAUCAUGUCAGAAAUGGUAUGUCACAUACUGGUGGCAAUCCCCUAUCUCUACUGCACAUUUGUGUCUCUUCUAAUCACCAUAAAGAUCUUUAAUUUACCCUUCUGUGGUGACAAUGUCGUUAGUCAUUUUUACUGUGAUAGUCUCCCCUUGCUAUCUUUGCUCUGCUCAAAUACACACGAAAUAGAGUUGAUCAUUCUGAUCAUAGCAGCUGUUGACUUGAUUUCUUCUCUGCUGGUGGUCCUUGGGUCUUACCUGCUGAUCCUAAGAGCCAUUCUCAGGAUGAACUCUGCUGAGGGCAGACGCAAAGCUUUUUCCACCUGUGGAUCUCACCUGACAGUAGUCACCGUAUUCUAUGGGACUUUGAUAUUUAUGUAUGCACAACCCAAAUCUACCCAUUCUUUUAACACUGAUAAAGUGGCUUCCAUAUUUUACACCUUGAUUAUACCCAUGCUGAAUCCUUUGAUAUACAGUUUAAGGAACAAAGAUGUUACUUGUGCCCUAAAAAGGACAUGGAAUAAUGUGUGCAGUAUUUUUUCUUCAAGUGUGCAUACAACAUGA